UUUCCAUUCAGUAGUUGGAGAAACUGGCAGGUUGCCACAUGGCUACUGUGUUCUGGUUUGAGUAUGGAGAAGAUUGACUCUUUCCUAUCGCUUGACAUGGUCAGUAUUGAAGAUUUACCCUUGUCAUUUUGCUUGGCCAAAGAACUUCAAGGUCGAGCAGAAAUGCUACCCAGUGGUCCACAUUGGAAGUCCCAAAUCAUUCCUAUGUCACAUCCUACUAAGUCACCUGUAAUUCUCUAUUGGUGUGACCCACUAGAGUGUAUCGCAAGUAUCUUCAACCACCCAUUAUUUCACAAUCAUAUGGACUUCACAUCUUGCAAGGUGUACACCACUGCAGAG